AGCAAGCAAGGCAAGGCAGCAACAUAUUCAGCAGCUAGUUCGUCGUGCAAGCGUUGAAAGAGGAGAAAGUCCAUUGAUCUUACGCUCUACCUCAACAGCAACAUGACGACCAAGCAGGAAUUCUUUGUGGACAUGACAUGUGAGGGAUGCUCUGGUGCAGUUACCCGAGUCCUCAAUAAACUGGGUGGUGUCCAAUUUGAGAUCGACCUCCCCAACAAGAAGGUUUUCAUUGAGUCUGACAAGGACACGGACGUGCUUCUGGAAACACUUAAGAAGACUGGAAAGGCAGCUAACUACAUCGGGCCCAAGUGAAGAAUCAUCCUCUUUCCUUUAUAGAACAGCUGUUGGGUUGGUGCUUAUCUGAAGGAUGACAAGGAGAAGAAAGAACCCUCUGACUGCAGAACAGUCUUGCUGUCGUGUCUUCAUGGAUCACUGUAAUGAGCUCGCGCUGUCCACUUUAUUUAAACACUAUUAUUUAUGCAUUUAUGGCACCCUAUGGACCCCAGUCACUAUAUAGGCACUAUAUACGGAAUAGAGUACAGUUUGGGACACAUCCACUAUGAAAAUCCAGUAUGAUUGCUGACAAAAUUAAAUAGAUAAUGUACCUCUAUGGGUUAAUGUUAGGCCUACUGUUAUGUAAAUUCGAUUAUGUAAGAUUGAAGUCAGUUUUGUCUUAAUGAAGCAGCUAUUGUAAUUCACGUUGAUUUGGACAGUUGGGGGGGGGGGGGGGGCAAAUCA